CUUGCGUUGUUCAAUAAAGCUGAAAUAAUUCCGGAGUGUCAAAUUGACAAAACGAUACAACGAGAAGCCAUCAACAGAUGGGCGAUGAACUACUUGAGGGAGCAUUCUUUGUUGUUUCUCGUAGAUCCAGAUCCAGAAAAUAACUUACUGGUGUAUCCUCAGAUCAUUCGCUCUUUCUAUCACACUCUCAUCGAGUUACCACGAAGCGAGCGGACUAGGGAUCAACUGGUUUAUCAGGUUAUCAUUGCUGGUGUGAAAGUUCAAUUCACAACAGCAGAUCUGUGUUGCUGCUUAGGGUAUCCACCAACAGAUGAUGAGCCCACUGGAUCUCGACAACCAAUCUAUGCAUCAAAGCAAGAAAUGAUUGAUGAUAUGUGCGGUGGAAAGAUGAAUAAACACAAUAACGCUGCACGCCGCGCCUACUUGCCAUCAAAGAUGUGGUUGUUGGAUGAUGCUAUUAGGAAAAAUCUUUGUCCUAUAGGCCAUGAGCAAGAACGACGGGGAAAAUUCCUCUCAGUUUUAUACUAUAUGUAUAAAGGGUGUUGGUUUGAUAUUGGAAAGAUCUAUCUGGCCAUGAUCUGCAAAGCCAAAUAUGUUGUUGAGAAUAAGCCAAAAAAGGUGGGGAAGUUAUUUUUCCCACGGCUUAUCACAAGGUUGCUUUUGUUCAAAAGCAUUCGACCUCCUCGGCCUCAAGCAUCUUUGGGUUAUCAGGUCACCAUGCUGGAAAAAUGGACAUGGCGUCAGAGCAUCAGCCAUUUGAAAACAACUUCUGCUAGACAGAAGCAGACCCAAGAAGCUCCCUCAACAUCACCACCUGGAGAUUCCUCAUCAGGAGUUGCAGUGUCUCCACAAUCAGAUCACAUAAGUGCAGCAAUAGCCCGGCUAGAGAUGGGGCUACAAACACUAGAGGAUGGACAACACAGACUGGAGCACAUGAUGGCCGCACUCAUGGAUAUGAUACGAAAGUGAAAACAUAGCCAUCCAACGGUCAGAAUUGUUUUUGUGUCAGAGACGGAAAACAUUGAAGAAAGACAUCACAAAAACCAGAGAAGAAAUCAGAGAG